AUGUAUGUUGGCAUUGAUUUAGGUACCUCUGCAGUAAAAGUGGUGUUGAUAAAUGAAAGUGGUUCAUUAGUUGAUCCUGCUGAAUGGUGGCAGGCUACCGAUCGUGCAGUACAACAACUCAAUUACAAACACCAGUUGGAUCAAGUUGUUGCCAUUGAUCUCAGUGGUCAAAAGCGUGGUGCAACACUGCUAGACAAGAAUCAAAAAGUAUUGCGACCUGCUAUUCUCUGGAAUGAUGGUCGUUGCGCUCAACAAUGUGAAGAAUUAGAUUCAUUGCGUUCACGUACAUCCGGUAGCAACUCACCUGUGAUUUCACCUUAUAACAAUCCAAAUGCUAAUGGUAUAUUCUUUGGGUUGACACUUGAACAUCAGCGUGCUGAUCUGUGCAAGAGUGUCCUGGAAGGAGUUGGUUUUUCGUUGCUAGAUGGUAUUGAGGUUAUGCAUGAAACUGGAUUUACGCCAACCAGUGGAGAAGUUGGCCCAGCAAUUGGUGCUGCUAGAUUGGCGAUGAUCGCCUUAAAUAAAGAUAAACCAAUACAACAAUUUCUUUCAGAACUACCACUUGUAAAACGUCACACACCAAAUCAACAAACACACGAAUACUAUAAACAACGUCGAAUAACAUUCAAGCAAUUAUAUCAACAAAAUUUGUCACUAAUGUUAUAA